CUUCAGCCAGAGAGCCACCAUGGAGAGCUAAAAGAGCCACAUGUGGCUCUAGAGCCGCAGGUUGCUGACCUCUGGGCUAGAAGAUGAGGCUCUACAAACUGGCAGGAGCUGCCACUCUCACAGGUGGAGGUGUUGUUAGGAUGAGAGGAAAACAUUCUGUAAAAAAGCAAAAAUUUUGUAUAAAGUAUAAAACUGCGAUCGGCUGCCUUUAGCUGGCAGGAUGCAGAACCCGAGUUUUUGUUUUUUCUUUGUGUUUUACUGUCGUUGAAAUGACGCUGAUGUUUUUGUGUUUUUCUGCAGUGAAGUCCUUGAACUAAUAAACUCGACACCAGCAUGCACAGAUAUAGGUGGGCUGAAGAUGAUCUCCUGCCUGACGGGGAUUUUCACCUCACUUCUAAAGAGCCCGAAAGUGGUCGUACCUACGUCAUGUACCACGGCACCACCUGGGAGAAUGCUGAGAGCAUCUGGGAGAACGGUUUUCGACAGUCUUCCAAAGGGAUGCUGGGUCCGGGAGUCUACCUCAGCAGGGACCUGGAGAAGGCCAGACGAUAUCCCAUUGAGCUGGAGGACGACGAGGACAGGGUCAUCAUCAAAGUGAAGGUCAACGUGGGACGUGUCAUCGCCAUCAGAUACCAGAACCACCCCCUGCAGAAGACCUGGAGCUCCCAGGGGUACGACAGCGCCUGGGUGCCGCCCAACUGCGGGAUGGUGAAGAGCGGCCUGGAGGAGAACUGCGUCUGGGAUCCUAGACGGAUCAAAGUCAUGAGACUCAUCAGUCCUCAGCUGCUGACUUCUUCUGCAGGCUCCUCUCCAGCCUCUUCUCAAGCUUCUUCUCCAGCUUCUUCUCCAGCUUCUUCUCCAGCCUCUUCUCCAGCCUCUUCUCCAGGCUCUUCCAGAGCUUCUUCUCCAGCCUUCUCUCCAGCUUCUUCACCAUCCUCCCUUUCCAGAUUCUUUCUGAGCUUCUUCUCCAUCCUCUCCAUCAUCCUCCUCUCGAGCUUCUUCUCCAUCCUGUUCUCCAUCCUCUUCAGCACCUUCUUCCCGAGCUUCUUCUCCAUCCGCUCCAUCAUCCUCCUCUCGAGCUUCUUCUCCAUCCUCUUCUCCAUCCUCUUCAUCAUCUUCUUCCAGAACUUCUUCUCCAUCCUCUUCAUCAUCCUCCUCUCGAGCUUGUUCUCCAUCCUCGUCUCCAUCCUCUUCAUCAUUCUCUUCCAGAGCUUCUUCUCCAUCUUCUUCUAAGUGAACCGAAUGUGCCCAGUCUGAAACAUCCUUAAA